GACAACAACUGUAAUUACGAAUAACGCGAACUCUAAACGAUAAUUUCACAAAACCAAAGUGAAAUUAUAAUUUAGGCUUGAAUUUUGGAGGUCUAAAUAAUAUAUUACCUGAUAAAGAUUUAUUUAUUAUUUUAAAGAGCCCUGAAAAUGGCGAAACAAUGGGGUCAAAAAGCUGAAGAGCUAGAAAUAUCCAAUAAAGUUGCUGGUUUAGGACUCAAUAAGAAAUAUGAAAAACCUGAAGAUGACAGCCCAGACACAGCAAAUCCAGCAGAAGCUUCUCUACUCAUGAAAAUCAUAAGACAAGGACUUGUUGAAUCUAAACAGGAUAUUGAAAUUCAAAGAAAGGAUCCAAAUUCUCCUCUUUAUUCAGUAAAGACAUUUGAAGCAUUACACUUAAAACCAAACUUAUUGAAAGGUGUAUAUGCAAUGGGCUUCAAUGCUCCAUCUAAAAUACAAGAAACUGCUUUGCCUACAUUACUAGCAGACCCUCCUCAAAAUAUGAUAGCACAGUCUCAAUCAGGAACAGGUAAAACUGCUGCUUUUGUACUGGCCAUGUUAAGUAGAGUUGAUCCAACCAAAAACUAUCCCCAAGUACUUUGUUUGAGUCCAACCUAUGAAUUAGCAAUACAAACUGGUGAAGUUGCUGCAAGAAUGGCCAAAUUCUGCCCUGAAAUUAAACUUAAAUAUGCUGUUCGAGGUGAAGAACUACCUAAAGGUACAAAAAUAACAGAUCACAUAUUAAUUGGGACUCCAGGAAAAAUGUUAGAUUGGGGCCUUAAAUUUGCAAUGUUUGACUUAACUAAGAUAAAAGUUUUUGUAUUGGAUGAAGCAGAUGUUAUGAUAGACCGUCAAGGACACAGAGACCAAUGUGUUCGCAUCCAUAAAUGUAUUCCUUCAACAUGUCAAAUGAUGUUCUUCUCUGCUACCUAUAAUAGUGCAGUAAUGGAAUUUGCUGAAAUUAUAGUUACCAAUCCCAUUAUAAUAAGACUAUUAAGAGAAGAAGAAUCAUUAGACAAUAUAAAACAGUAUUUUGUUAAAUGCAAGAGCCCGGAGGAUAAAUAUAGGGCUAUAUGCAAUAUUUAUGGUGUCAUAACUAUUGGCCAAGCUAUUAUAUUUUGUCAUACAAGAAAAACAGCAAGCUGGCUCUCAGAAAAAAUGUCAAGAGAUGGUCAUUCUGUAGCUGUGUUGUCUGGUGAGCUUACUGUUGAACAAAGAAUUGCAGUAUUAGACAGAUUCAGAGGGGGGCUUGAAAAAGUGUUAAUUACAACAAAUGUAUUGUCUCGUGGAAUUGAUAUAGAACAGGUUACUCUUGUUGUCAACUUUGAUAUGCCAAUGGAUCUUAACAGAAAGGCUGAUUGUGAAACUUACUUACACAGAAUUGGGCGUACUGGUAGGUUUGGAAAAGCUGGAAUAGCUAUUAACUUGAUUGAAUCUUCGCAGGACAUGGAAAUUUGUUUAGAUAUUGAAGCACAUUUUGGUAAAAAGAUUAAAUUAUUAGAUAUUGAAGAUGCAGAAGAAAUUGAAAAAAUUGGUGCAUAAUCUUACUUAUUAUGAUUAUAUUUAACUCUUUGGCACCAUAAAUUAACUGUUGUGUAUUUUUUUACUAUUUGUAUAAUUUAACUAAGCAUUAAAGGUUUCUAUAAGAUAUUUUCAUUGUAGCAUAAUAUUCGUCAAAACAAAACUAUGGAAAUAAAUAGGCAAGUGUUAAAUAUAUUUAAACAAUUUUUAUUAUGUUUAAACCAUUAUAAUUACAAUCCACAUUACUCUAAUAAAAAUAUAUAAAGAAGCAAAUUAAAUUACAUCCUUCAGCGUGAUGGUGGAGCACCUCCUUCAGGAUUUCCUACACCAGAUAUCAAUACAAAUAUUGCAACUGGAACUAUGUACAUCCACUGUAAAGAAUAAUUCAUUUUUAACAAUUAUUAAAACUAAACAAUUCUAAAAAAAUAUACACAACAUAUGUUUUCUCUAUUUGGUGAUAUGCAAAUGUAAUGAGUGUUAUAAGAUUUAAUAGAAAUCAUAUGACCAAAGAGUGCUGUCUAAAGUUAAAUGUAAUUUUAAAACAUUAAGAUCAAACAUAUUAAUGAUUUGCAAUAAUAAUUUUAAAAAAACUGUGCUGGUAUUAUAUAAUGUCUUAUAUAUUAUAUUUAUCAUUUGUUACAAAAUAGUACACUUACAUAUCUGGACAAGAAUGGUCUAUUAUCUUUCAAAUCACCCUUUUCCCUGGCUUCUUUCUCUCUUUCCAACUUUUGAAUGUAAGAGGCAGUAUCUGGUCUGCAAUAAAAAUUGUCAUAAAAUGAACAAUAUUUGUGAUAACUUAAAUUAGUACAGUAAAAAUACAUACACAGGAGCCUGAUCCACAUGACGAAGGUAGAAAUUGGAAUUAAUCUGGUAUUCAGAAUUUUGUUUUAAUUGAUUAGGUUGAGAUGCAUUCAUGACUUGAAAUGUAACUGCUAUUACUUCACCAUUUGGUAAAACCCAUGCACUUAUAACAUCAGAAAGUCCAUUCUCUAAGAAAGCUUUAGCUUUUA